AUGAAUCUGCCGCUGCGGUACAAAACGUUUAUCGUUUUUCUUGUCACAAUUGGACUACUACUUGGCGAAUUGAGAACGGCGAAGGGACAAGAUGAUUCACUUGCGGGAAGCUUUUUAUCUGGUUUAUUGGAUUCAAUUACAACGACAGAGGAUUCCAAAGACUGUCCAGGUGUUUGUGUUCAUGCCCUUGCCACGUUAAUCUGCUACGAAGUUCUCGACGACAUCCCGUGUCCUUCAGCUGGCAUGAAAUGUUGCGUCGAAAGUGCUCAAAGCCCGGCAAAUACGACGCAAGCUCCCUCAACUCAUGCCCCAUCGAAUCGUCGAACGACAAAAUCUCCCUCGAAACGCACAACGACGACUCAAACCCCCAUCGAUCGCAUGGAUGAAGAUGUCGAAAAGUGUCAGGGAGACUGCGUUGCGGAUCGUCUUGCCGAAUAUUGCGAAGCUUAUUACAAAAGUCCCAAAUCCUGCGGGUCAGGAAAGAAAUGUUGCGUCACGCGGGACUCCGAAUAUACGCCCGAUGAGGUAAUUGUGCCGUUCGCGAAUGCAAAUAACGCGUCAAAAUCGGAUCAGGAUCGAUUGGAGAGAGUUCCGACAGCAGAUCCGCCCAAAAGUAACAAACCGAAGCCAUCGAAGAAAGUAGCGCCGACAACAACUGCAGCGCCAUCUGUCGUUACGGAUGCCAAUGGACAAAAAGUUUGUCGCGGAAGAUGCGUUUCCGGGUUGUUUGCGUUGUUGUGUGAUGAUAUCGAUACGAAUGCUUUCUGUCCCGGCGAUGGAAAUUGCUGUAUUGACAAUGAUUCGGGUGAGAAUACGAAUGAUAUUGAGGAGCGGGUGACGACGCCAUCACCUUAUCCAAAAUGCCCCGGAUUCUGUAUGCUUUACAUCAUGGCUGCUUUCUGCGAACGUCCUUCAGUAUUGAUUCCAAAUACCUCAAAUUGUAAUUCUGGCUCUGUUUGUUGCGACAAUACUCGUUCUAACAACGUCAAAGCUCGUCCUCCGCCGAAAAGACCUCCUCCAACAACGACUCAACCAACAACUACGACAACAACAGCUGCUCCUGAUCCACGCGAAGAAUGUCCCGGCACGUGCAUCGUUUCGCUUUUGAGUUUCACGUGUUUCCGUAAUGCCGAGAUGACUGACAUCUUCAAGUGCAAAAAAUCCGGAACGCAAUGCUGCGCGCCAAAAAGCAAAAUUCAAGAACAUCUUCAACGUUUCAAUGCCACAGCUCCCAUUCCGGGUCCUUAUCAACCGCAAUAUCAACCGGGUCCGUAUCAACCUGUGCCGACGUACGAUCAUUAUGCGACGCCCGGACCUAUUGCGCCAGUUCAUCACAGCACUUUUAUGUAUGAGCAGCAACAAACGACGACGACGCCUCGUCAACCGGUUUACUCGAAAUACGUUUGCGGCGUCAAAGGAACCUCACGAAAUGGCGGAAGAUCGUAUUUAACGUACAGCGGUUUAGUGAAUGAGACGCAAAUUCGCCCGAGACACGCACGAAAAGUCGAUGAUUUGGGAGAUGCGGGUCUUUAUUUGAACAAGAAGAGCACAGAGCGGCUCGUUUUGGGAACGAGUUUGGUCCCAAUUCCAAUUGUGUAUCACGAUCAUAACUCGACAGUGCCUGAAACGAUCAGCAAUCCUUACUUUAUUGAAGGAAAUAACACGUACAUGGGAAGAAGUAACAGAAAAGGACGCGUUGUUGGCGGAGAAGAUGGCGAAAAUGGAGAAUGGUGCUGGCAGGUUGCUUUAAUUAACUCGUUGAAUCAAUAUUUGUGCGGCGCAGCGUUGAUUGGAACACAAUGGGUGCUUACAGGAGCUCAUUGCGUCACGAACAUCGUUCGUUCUGGCGACGCCAUCUACGUUCGCGUUGGCGAUUACGAUCUCACACGCAAAUACGGCUCUCCAGGCGCUCAAACUCUUCGAGUUGCAACAACUUACAUUCAUCAUAAUCACAAUAGUCAAACUUUGGACAACGACAUCGCUUUGCUCAAACUUCAUGGACAAGCUGAAUUACGAGAUGGCGUUUGUUUGGUUUGUCUCCCUGCUCGUGGCGUAAAUCAUGCCGCAGGAAAACGUUGCAUCGUCACGGGAUACGGUUACAUGGGAGAAUCUGGUCCAAUCCCAUUGAGAGUUCGCGAAGCAGAAAUUCCAAUUGUGAGCGAUGCGGAGUGCAUCAGAAAAGUUAACGCUGUGACGGAAAAGAUUUUCAUUCUACCUGCUUCGAGUUUCUGUGCUGGCGGCGAAGAGGGAAAUGACGCGUGUCAAGGCGAUGGAGGCGGUCCAUUAGUUUGUCAAGACGACGGAUUCUACGAAUUAGCUGGAUUAGUCAGUUGGGGCUUUGGAUGCGGUCGCGUUGACGUUCCCGGCGUUUAUGUCAAAGUUUCUUCGUUCAUUGGAUGGAUCAAUCAAAUUAUUAGCGUGAAUAAUCUUUAA